CCUGUUUUCUUAUCUCCUGCGCUCUCCUCUACCUCCUCACCGCUUUAAAGUCCUGCGUGAAGCAUCUAUUGAGGCUCUGAGGCGGCGGAGUUAAAGGGAAAAGUAUUAUAUAGGCGUGUGUAGGCCUAUGUGUAGGCCGGCGUGGAUCAGCUGAUCUGAGAGAGAACAGCGGCGGCGUCAGCGGUGGGUUGCUCCAGUACAGUCAUGGAAAACCUGCCAUAAUUUCCUCGUCUAGGGCCUCCUCGUCGUAGUAUAAACCAAUAUCCUAAACUACAUCAGCACAUUAAGUUUAAAGCCACUUGGGGAACACUGCAGCAGGCCUGCUGGCCCAUACUAGGCAAUGAUUGAUGUCUGCGCAAUCCACUGGUGCCCUCGGGUCAGACUCUGUCCCCGUGUCUCCCCCUCUUCCCCCCGUCACAACUGGUCCCCAAACCCCAGCAACCUCCCCAGUUGUGUCGACUGGCUCCACCCCCGUCACUCAAAGUUCCAGUGGCACUGCACGGCACUCCAGCUCAGCACGAUCCUCCGUUGCGAGUGAGGGACGUUCAUCCAAUCCCAAGAUGUCCAAGGCACUUAGCACAAGUGCUAAAAGGAUACAAAAGGAGCUGGCAGAAAUCACUUUGGACCCUCCUCCCAACUGUAGUGCUGGACCUAAGGGGGACAAUUUAUAUGAAUGGGUCUCUACUAUACUUGGUCCUCCUGGCUCUGUCUACGAAGGUGGUGUCUUCUUCCUUGACAUUCACUUUUCAGCGGAAUAUCCAUUUAAACCGCCUAAGGUUUUGUUUCGGACCAGAAUCUAUCACUGCAAUAUAAACUCUCAGGGGGUCAUCUGCCUGGAUAUCCUCAAGGAUAACUGGUCACCGGCACUCACUAUUUCAAAAGUUCUCCUCUCCAUUUGUUCCUUACUCACUGAUUGCAAUCCAGCUGAUCCGCUGGUAGGGAGCAUUGCCACGCAGUUCCUCCAGAACCGGGAAGAACAUGAUAGAAUUGCUCGGCUCUGGACCAAACGUUAUGCUACGUGAUCACUUGUAUCUAGUGUCAACAGGGUAUUAAGCAUCUCUUGCACCAUGCCAGUUAGUGUUUUAGCCAGCCUUGUAAAAGUGAUUUGAAGUCAUUUAUUUAUAUAGGCAUGCAUAUUGUAUUGUUCACGAAUCGGCUGGAAAUAGAAAGCUUCUAAAUUUGUUUGUGGCAUGGUGAAAAAGAUUGUGGUCAUUGUUCAUUACCUCAUUUUCCAAUAUUUCCAUAUUUUGUCAGAUUCACUCAUUAUUUUUCCUUUAUGCAUAUGGUAUUGAUGAAACUGAAUCCUUUCAGUGUUUUAAAGACUUUUUUUUUUGUUUUGUUUUUGAUUGGUUCCUCAUGACAGUAUUUUGAUGACUCUACUUAUCAUCCAUGUUCAGUUUGGCACAAGUUGAGUUAGCAGCAGGGCACUGUCUCCAUCUGAACUUGCCACAUAGCUGCCUCUCCUAGAUAGCUUCCAGUCUGUCUAUAGUAACAGUGCACUAGUCUACUAGCAAUGUUGCCACUAGUCUAUUUGCAGUGUUACCCACUCAGUGUUUCAGCCUUUUGAGAGGUUGCUCUGCCCCCAGUGUGUUAAGGAAGCCUGUGCUCUUUCCACAUUGUCGGAAGAUUUUGAGCAUUGCCACUCCAAUCUUGAGGGAGAAGUGCUGUGUUCAGUCAUAAAGUUCGGUGCUCCUACAGUGUAAUGUGAGUCAGCAAGUUAUUAGGGAUACAGUGCUCUUCCCACAGUGUUGCAAGGAUGAAUCAAGUGUUGUAAGAGAUUGUAUGCUAUUUCUACAGUGCUGUGAGGGAGCAGGUGCUCUCCCCAGUGUUGUGGGACGAGUUGUCAUCCCCACAAGUUGUUAGUCAGUCUAUAUUGUUCCCACAAAAUUGUAAGAAAAGUACUGUACCCAUAGCAUUGAGGUGUGAUUACUGUUUUUAUAAGGCCAUUGAUGAUUUAGCUGUAACUGUAUACUCUUGUAUGUUAGUUGGAGUACUUUGUGGGAAGAAUACCCAUUAAUUUGGAUUAACAGAAGGUUGUGUACAUUGUGGUACACCAGUCAGUUUCUUUUAAAAAUUGUUAACCCAAUUUCAGGUUUAGUCAGCCUGGGUAAUAAUCAUAUGGAACGUAACUAGACAUAAGUGUAGACAUAAGUUAUUCUGAUUUUAGGGUUGAUAUUUAAAAUAUUUCCAUCUCUGGGUUUGUUGUUUACAUGUUGACUGUAUGUUUUGUGCUGCCUCAUUUAACAUCAGUGAAUCUACUUGGGCUGCGAGUUACAAUGAUUGUGAGUAAUGCAGGAGAUGGAUAUACUAAGAUUUUCUUCACUUCCAUGUAUUUUGUUUUCAAAUUGCUCAGUUAUGUAACUUGGCCAAAUGAGUUUGCUUUUACUCUUGCUUUGUGAACUGGAGAAGUUAAUUAUCAGAAUGUCCCUUUUGUCAUGCAAGAAUACCUCAUUAUUUUGCCAUUGUGUGUUGUGUGUAGACAUGUAGCAUACACUAUUAUUAAAGCAAGUGCAUAGUGGCUCAUAAGGUGUAAUGGUAAGCAUCCAAAUAAUGCUGGAUUUA